AGACGAAGCAACCGCGUCUCCCGCGCGCUCUGGCCCCACGAGAUUUCAGACGACCGCCUCAACAGCCCAACUCGCCCCCGCGCGCCCGACCUAGGCAGGCUGGGCGCAGGCCUCAAGCCAGGUGUCAACCUAGCCCCGCCCUCUCGAUGGGAGAAACCAUCUCGCGUCAGUGGGGAGGAGGCGGGAAGGAAUGAGCGGAUGUUCCUGUCUGGGGGCACGCCCUCGCCGGAAGUUGUCCUUCGUAGUGGGCCAGAUAAAUACUUCCGGCACAGUAUGGCGAGAGGUACGCGGAGAAACGUCUUGGCCUGUGGUUGGUGAGGGGUUUUUUGGCUCCCGGCAGCAGCGAUGGCGUUGGAGACGGUUCCCAAGGAUUUGCGACAUCUGCGAGCUUGUCUUCUCUGUUCUUUGGUCAAGACUAUAGACCAAUUUGAGUAUGAUGGCUGUGAUAACUGUGACUCGUAUCUACAGAUGAAAGGUAACCGAGAGAUGGUAUACGACUGUACAAGUUCUUCUUUUGAUGGGAUCAUUGCAAUGAUGAGUCCGGAAGACAGCUGGGUCUCUAAAUGGCAGCGAGUCAGUACUUUCAAGCCUGGAGUUUAUGCAGUGUCUGUCACUGGCCGCUUGCCUCAAGGAAUUGUUCGGGAGCUGAAGAGCCGAGGUGUGGUCUACAAAUCCAGAGACACAGCAAUAAAGACUUAAUGAGCCACGAGGGCAACCCACCCCCUCUGCUCUUGACCCCUAUCUCUGCUGAGUUUUUUGCCUGGAGAACUGAUAGACUACUACUCAUCUUCCUGCCUACCUUCCAACCUCCAGCCUUUGAUGGAUGUCAGGAGCAAUAAUGACUGACUGCAGGGACAUUGGAUUCUGGGUUGUUGGAGGAGGGGUUAGAUUGUUAAGAUUAUGAAUAUGUUGAGGCAGGAUACUGUUUAUCCCAUCAUGAGCACUAGACUGUUGGGUUGUGUGUGGGUCAGAGGAUAAUAAUAAAUGUGAACUAUUUCAGUCAGAA